UUGACGUACGAGUCAGCGCUCAAUGCGGCGUCUACGUAUUUAUGUCUGUGUUUUUGAGCCGCACUUCGGAGCAGAGUCGGAACACCUGCGCUUCAGAAGCGCCAGCAUAGAGCGUCCGAUGGCUUAGAUGGAGUGUGAGACUUUGUGCCGGUUUUAGUGUUUUUUUUAAAGGAGGAUGAAGAUGUUGGCGGAGUUCUUGCUCCUCGUGAAGGACCAGCAGGUGGAGGUGAAGGUGGAGGAAGGCUCAGAGUCUGUCAUCCUGCCCUGCAAAACAACACCUGACCUGCCCGAGGACACCAGGGUGGAGUGGACUCGCUCUGACCGAGGACUCAUGGUGGUCCAUGAGUAUUCAAAUAGAAGUGACCACCUUAAGAAUCAAGAUGAUCUUUACUGUGGCCGCACAAAGAUGAAUGAAGACCUGCUGAGAACUGGAGACCUCAGUCUGACCCUGAAACAGCCCACACAGAGAGACACCGGAGGAUACAUCUGCACCAUCUACAGGGACAAAGACAUCCUGAGACAGAAAGUUGUGCUGCAUGUCAAAGAACCAUUUCCAUCCUGGGUGAAAGCUCUCCUGGUUCUCCUGGUUCUUCUUCUGGUUUCUGGAGGUCUUUCGUUGUAUUUUCGGCAGUACUUCAUGUCAGUUUACGAGGUGGAGGUGGACUCAUGGGUGGAGUCUGUCCAGCUGCCCUGCAAAGCCAUGGUUUGGCAGCUCAAAGACGCUAAAGUGGAGUGGACGGACAGAAAGAACAGGAAGGUCCACGUGUAUCAGAGCGGCUCUGACCAGCCUGGAGAACAGGACAAGGUUUACAGAGGCCGAACCAAGAUGAAGAGAAACCUGCUGAAAACUGGAGACCUCAGUCUGACCCUGAAAUACCCCACAGAUGAAGACAACUCCACCUGCACCUGCACAAUCAGCAGGGCAGGAAACAUCCUGAAGAAGAAACAAGUGUUGCUCACUGUUAGAGUCCCCCAGGUGGAGGUGGAUUCAAGGGUGGAGUCUGUCCAGCUGGUCUGCAAAACCACAGUUCACCUGCCUGAAGAUGCUAAAGUGGAGUGGGUGGACAAUUACAGCUACAACACAAAGGUCCAUCUGUAUCAGAACGGCUCUGAUCAGCCUGAAGAACAACACAGGGUUUACAGAGACAGAACGAAGAUCAAUGAAGACUUGCUGAAAACUGGAGACCUCAGUCUGACCCUGAAAUACCCCACAGAUGAUGACACAAGGACCUACACCUGCAGCGUCUACAGCAGGGAGGGAAACAUCCUGAUGAGGAAACAAGUGGAGCUGAAAGUCAAAGUUUUUCAGGUGGAUGAGGAGGAGGGGGCGGAGUCUGUCCAGCUGCCCUUCAAAACCACAGAAAACCUGCCUGGAGAUGUUAAAGUGGUGUGGCAGUACAGUGAUCAUAGCAAGGUCCACGUGUAUGAGAAUGGCUCUGAUCAGCCUGAAGAACAGCACCAGGAUUACAGAGACCGAACGAAGAUGAAUGAAGACCUGCUGAAAACUGGAGACCUGAGUCUGACCCUGAAACAGCCCACAGAGAGAGACAGUGGAGAAUACAGAUGUGGAGUCUAUGGGACGAUCAUCAGAUGUAAGAGAGUGCUGCUCAAAGUCAAAGGGAGAGUUCAGGUCCGGGAUCAAACAGGGAUCAUCAGGAACAGAAGGAGCGCCAUUGAUCCGACUCCUCUGAUCGAUCAGUUUGAUCUGUUUGUUCUUUGA